GGACUAUAAUCACCUCACGAACUUUUAGUUGGUGCCCUCAAAUGGCCCCUAACCAAUCCCUUCAUGUAUAUAUAUAUAAAUACACAUCCUUUGUUGUAAAGAAGAUGACCUUAUUUUAGAUUAACAUAAUGAAGAAAGAGCAGGCAUGAGAGGUUGGCAUGAAACUCGUUCUUCUUCUUCUUGUGCAGCCUGCAAAUUGCUGAAAAGAAGAUGCAUUCCCACUUGCAUAUUUGCUCCUUACUUUAGGUCUGAUGAGCCAAAGAAAUUUGCCAAAGUUCAUAAGGUUUUUGGGGCAAGUAAUGUGAGCAAGAUUCUUACUGAAGUGCCUGAGGAGCAGAGAGAAGAUACGGUCAAUUCUUUGGCUUAUGAGGCUGAAGCAAGGCUGAGAGAUCCUGUUUAUGGCUGCAUCGGUGCCAUAGCUUUGUUGCAGACUAAAAUGGUGGAGCUUCAACAUGAUCUUGCUCUUGCCAAAGCUCGUCUUGCUCGUUAUGCUAAUGAUUCUUCUCAUCAUAAUCUUAAUGUUUCUUCUUCCUCUUCUUCUUUCGAAAAUUGUGUUGUUAAUAUGUCUUAUGGUGGAUUGAGUUUUUCUGCUGGGCAGAGCUCUUCUGAUAUCACCCAAUAUGGAUAUUUAUGUGAUUUCAACCAUUUUCCUUAUCCAUUUAAAGCUUGAAACUCUGUGAUCUCUCUCUCUCUGUCUCUAUCAUCAGGGUUUCAUGAAAGAUUUUUCUUUUUUUGUUUCUGUAUGAUCAUCGGUUAUACUCAAUGUAUCUGUAUCUUAGUUUUUUAGGAAUUAACGUGUCGUCGUACUCUAUCCUAUCCAUAUCUUAUAUCCGUAUUUAUGUCUGUGCUUCAUAGGUUCAAUCCCAACUCAAUUCUUGUUAUAUGUUCAAUUCUUAAACAUAUUACUCGACUAAUCUUAUUAGACAAUUAGGUAUCUUACUAUUGAUUAAACUAGUUUUGCUUUUUUCUCACUACUGGAGAAUCUUCAAGGCUUUAUGAUGAGAAACAAGGAAGUAGAAACUGAUUUUGAGGAUUCUUUCAAAACAAAGAAGAAUCGAAAGUUUGAACUUUUUCAUCUUUCUUAUGAAUUCCAAAGUGCAGUUGAAAUUAA